AUGCUAUUUUUCGCUCGGGAUCGUGAGUAUGAUCUCAAAACUGUUCAGCCCGGCAGCACUAGUGUCUACGAGCGGAAGGUUGCUGUUGUCAACCGCGCGAUGUUGGAUCUAGGUAUGGGAAAGUAUCAGUGGAUGGUGUUUGGGCUAUCAGGGCUAGGAUGGUUUAUGGAUGUGUACUGGAAGCAGUCUAUCAAUCUCAUUGGGCCAUUUGUGAGAAUGGAGUUUGGGAUUCAGCAGAUUGCUUUCCUUAACGUAGCAAAGCAAGCUGGUUCUCUAAUCGGUGCAAUCUUCUGGCCUCUGACUUCGGACUACAUCGGCCGCCGGCCAGCUUUCAACAUCACCCUGGCCCUUAGUUGCGUGACCGCGCUCGUAGCAGCUGGCUCUCCUAGCUUUGCUGCCAUUGCUAUUCUAGCUGGUGUGAUCGGUUUCGCGAUAGGCGGGAAUCAAUAUGUGGACAGCACGAUAUUCAUAGAAUUCGUUCCGGCAUCGCACCAGUUCCUUUUACCUAUGGCUACGGUCUUCGCAACCCUGGCUCAACUAAUGUCAGUCUUGAUUGCUUGGCCGCUGGUAACAAAUUACUCAUGCACUCCCCGGCUCGUAGCAGCACACCAAUGCAACUUCAUGAAUAACUUAGGAUGGCGCUACUACCUCUGGACGGGCGGCGGGCUCUCUAUCCCUAUGGUCAUCGCCCGCUAUCUCUUCCACCUCCUCGAAACGCCCAAAUAUCUCCUCGGCCGCUCUCGCGACGCCGCCGCCGUCUCCGUCGUCCAAACAAUUGCCUCCACAAACCGCAACGCAACCUGGCUAACCCUCGACUCCCUCCGCGCCAUCGACGCCGAGCUCUACAACACUACUACCCCCAGAAAUACCUCCCCAACCACGCCCACAUCCUCAACACGAACCCUAAAACACCGCCUAUCCCCCCACAAACUCCCCGCCCUCUUCUGCACACCAAAAAUGGCCCUCUCCACCACCCUCGUCCUCUUCAUCUGGUCCACCGUCGGCUUCGGCUACACCCUCUUCAACUCGUUCCUCCCCUUCUACCUGCAAUCCCAAUCCUCCCACCCCUUAUCCACCCAAACCCUCUUCCGCACCCUCGCCAUCCAAGCCGCCUGCGGCAUCCCGGGCUCCGUGCUCGCGGGCUACGCCGCCGAACUCCCCCGCUUCGGCCGCAAAGGCACGGGCUGCGUCGCGUGUCUCGGCAGCGCCGUCUUCCUGUUCCUGUUCACGCGCGCGCAGUCGGACGAGGCGGUGCUGGGGUACAGCUGCGCUGUCGCGUUUUGCAUCGCGGUCGCGCAUGGGCUGCUGUAUGGGUACACGUCGGAGCUGUUCCCGGCGCCGAUCCGGGGCACCGGGCAGGGGGUUGUGGGGCUGGCGAGCGAGGCCGCGAGUUUGGGGGCGGCGCUGGUGGCGGCGUGGGUGGGCUUGGGGGAGCGGAGUGUGUGGGUCGCGGCGGGGUGUUUGACCGGGGCCGGGUGUGCGUUUUUGGGGAUGCCGUACGAGAUGAGGGGAAGGGCGGCGGCGUAG